UCCUCUUUUGCUUACUCCUCUUCUGAGAAAAUGGCGAGCUCCAAAUGGCAGGGGUCUGUAGAAAGCAAGGUCAUGGCCCCACUGGAGGGUGUGUGGAAGAUAGCAAGCGAUUAUUACGAGCUAAAGAAGUGGUUUCCGGGAAUGGUAUCGUGUGAAAGAGUAGAAGGAGCGCCUGAACAAGGCGUGGGCUCUGUGCGCCGCUGUUCAGUACCCAUUGCAGCCCUGCAGGAGGGCAGCGAUUCUUUUGUAGUAGAGGAGCUCAUCGCUCAGGAUGAUGUAAACCAUUCUUUUACUUUUCGCAUGACGGAUACCAACAGGCCCGGCUUUAUUGGGUACGAGGGCACCCAUGAAUUCUUUAACACAGAGGAAGAGGGCAACUGUUUGAUGAAGUGGUCUUUCGAGAUGGAUCCCAUCGUCGGCCGUUCCAAAGAAGACAUUGAGAUCAUUAUGAGCUCUAUUCUCACUGGCAUGGUCAAGAAUUUGGAACAGCUCGUUUCUUCACAGUAAUGGCCUUUAAUAUAUAAGAUUUUGUGUGUUUUCAAUUAAAUAAAAGGAUAUGUGUAUUGAUUUUUAGAAUUGAUGAUCGGUAAAUGACGUUGAUGUUGUCUUGGAAUGAUUUGUUACCAUCAAGAAAAUAAUUGUCUUUAUUCAAAGAGAGAGCUCUACAAGAUAGAUGUGAGAAUGUUAGCAUAAGAUAUGGUGACUUGAAUUUAAGUAGAUGUUGUAUUACGAAAUUUCUCUUUUGGUUCAUUUGUAAUCUCAACAAAGGACAAGUUAUGAUAAGGAGUAACAAUCUCUUGAUUAGAAUAAUCUUCAACAAAUGG